AUGGCUCAUCAUCCAUUUUCUUGCAAGAUAGGCGGCAAAGUGAAUGCUGAACAGGUGAUAAAAACAUUAAAGCCUGCUUUUUCACCGCAAGGGAACCAGCGAAGAGUUAAAGAAGAAGUAGUGAUGGCAAAAUUAAUUGCCUUUUUAAAAUCAAUUGAAGGUAAAUAUUUUUAAAUACUAACUUACAAUACAUGACUAUGAGACUUUUAACAGUGGAAAUUCAUGCAUAUUGUUUUCUAUUUCAGAUGGUACUUUACGGGAGUGCUUAGAAGACAGUGAUUUGAAAUUAACCGAACAAGAGAAAAGCAUCAUUCCUUUGUUGACACCAAGCCAUAUGCUACUGUUUGCAACUGGGGCAGCCAACACAUCAUCUAUUGGUUUUGAUCCGAAACCAAUGAUAACCUUUGUUCGUGAUGAGGGAAAGUCUAUUCCUAGUGCACAAACCUGCUCCAAUGCAUUAUAUUUGUAUGUUAAUGAUAAAACAACAAAUGGUGACUUAUCACAUGACCACCUUACAGCAUUAAUGAAUGGAGGCAUUUUCAGCAAAUUCUAA